AUGGAGCCGCUCAACCAGCUCAAGCGUCGCUCAACCGACCUCUUCAAACAGGCACAGCAAAACAUGCCCUCGCUGCCCAAAAACGUCAACAUGCCAAACGUUCCCAACUUUCCCGACCUGCAAAAGAACCUCCCCUCUCUGCCGCAAUUAAACUUCGGCCGUAACAACAACAACUCCAACAACGACGCCAACGUCCAAGGAACAUGGGAGCGCAUCGAUAUCCCCUCCCUCCCGCGGUCCUCGCACUCGCUCAACGUCAUCUCCGGAUGCGCCUACAUCUUUGGCGGCGAAGUCGAGCCCCGCCAACCCGUCGACAAUGACAUGCACGUUAUUCGAUUGCCGUUUAGCAGCGCCGGCGCAGACUACCACAAGGUCAAGGCCAAGGCCGCGGUAGUGCAGGUAGAGGACAACCCAUCCGAGCAGGCAGCCAACAUGGACGAUGUGCCGCUGGAGGAACCAAAGGGAAAAGGCAAGGAGGUAGCAACAGAUAUCAAGCCCGAGUUAGGUGACGUUCCAGCGCCACGAGUCGGACACGCAACGGCGGUCAUCGGCUCCCGCAUCUUCUUGUUUGGAGGCCGUGGCGGCCCUGACAUGAAGCCUCUUGAAGAAGCUGGUCGAGUAUGGGUGUAUGACACCCGCUCACAUACAUGGUCGCACCUUGAUCCUGUUCCCGCUGUCAAAGGCGGUGCCAUCGUCCCGCAGCCCAACCCGAGGAGCUACCACUGCGCCACGGCCACAGACCGUCCUCGCGACUUUCCCGUUCCCCUGGCCACAGGCCCCAAGAAGCCACAGACCUGGAGGCAAUGGGCUCUAGGCGAUACCUCCAAGACUGGUAUUCCGCAGGACCCCGUGGUGGGCUACGUCGCCGAGCAGGCCGUGGACGAGGAGUCAGACGGCUACGGCACUUUCUUCGUCCACGCGGGCUGUCUCUCCAACGGCGACCGAACCAGUGACCUCUGGGCAUUUGACGUCCGCACACGUACGUGGACAGAAUUACCCGCCGCGCCGGGUCCCUCCCGCGGCGGUUCAGCAAUCUGCAUCUCCAAGAGUCGUCUGUUCCGCUUUGGCGGGUACGACGGCGAGACCGAAGUCGGCGGACAGCUCGACUUUUUGCAUCUCGAAGUGGAAACAUUCGACGACGGCCAUUCCAAGGGCGAGGUGUCCAUCCAUGCCCGCGCAGGAUGGCAGACCAUUCUCCAGAAUAACAUUGACGCUUCGUCGACUGAGAUCCACGCCGAGCCACGCCAAGAGUGGCCGUCGCCAAGAAGCGUAGCAUCUCUCCAGGCACUUACCGUCGGCGGCGGAAAGGAAUACCUCGUUCUGGCGAUGGGUGAGCGAGCUCCCAGUGCGGAUGGACAUGCCGGAGCAGGGACCUUUUUCGACGACGUAUGGACAUUUGAGGUUCCGCCUUUGGGAAUGAGCGCCGCGAGCUUCAGAGCCGCUGUUUUCCAGGCCAUGGGGAAGAAGACCGGCGAGGGGAAGUGGGAGAGGGUUCAGAUGGGCGAGUAUGAUGACGAGAGCGGUGAUGGGCUACCACUGCCAAGGGGAUGGUUGGCGAGUGCGCCGAUGACGGAUCUGGAAGAGAGCGGUAUUGUGGUCUGGGGGGGUUUGGGGGCAGAUAACAAGAGGAUCGGAGACGGCUGGAUACUUCGACUUGGAAAGACAGAUUAG